AUGGAUAUUUCAACGGCAUUCCUGAAUGGGAUUUUAGAGGAGGAUGUGUACAUGACGCAGCCGCCUGGGUAUGAGGAUGGUACGGGCAGGGUGUGCAAGCUCAACAAGUCCAUCUACGGCUUGAAGCAGGCGCCACGCUGCUGGUACCAGAAGUUGGCAGCUGUUUUAGAGGAGAUGGGAUUCAGGACCAGCAGCUGUGAUGAGAGCCUCUUUCUCAAGGGCGAAGGGGAGAAGCUGGUGCUGUUUCUGGUCUAUGUGGACGACAUUCUUCUCUUCAGCAGCAGCAUGAAGGAGAUCCAGAAAGUGCAGCAGCAACUGAUGAAAAACUUCAAAUCACAGGUGGUUGAAGCUGCACCAGGAGAAGUUCAUCAAGGAGCUGGUGGGGAGAAGUAUGGGAUUGAGAAUGAGCGCAAGGUUGCAACUCCCCUGCCAGCAGAAUUCAAGCUUGUGAAGGCUGCAGAGGAUGAAGGGGUUGAAGCUGAAGAGCAGCAGCAAUUUCAGUCCUUGGUGGGCAGCCUCUUGUACGCAGCAGUUCACACGAGGCCCGACAUCUCUUUCUCGAUUGGGCAGCUGGCUAGGGUGGUGCAGAAUCCAUCAGAGGAGCAGGUGGAUGCAGCUGAGCGUGUGGUGAAGUACCUGAACUCUCACCCAAGCAUUGGAGUUCAAUACUCCGCAUCUGCACAGGUGAAGCAGAAGGGGGGGGGGGUGGAGGUGCUGAAAGAGAAGGGGGAGAGGCUUGGAGAAGGCAAGCUAUUUCUCACUUGCUUUACCGAUGCUACAUGGGCUUCUGAGAAGGAGGAUUCCUCAUCUGUGGGAGGAUACAUCUGCGUAGUUGGGGGAGGACCUGUUAGUUGGAGGUCCAAGAAGCAGACGAAGACGGCACUCUCUUCCGUAGAAUCAGAGUACAUGGCGAUGUUCCAUGGGGUGAAGGAGGUGAUUUGGCUGAGGAGGCUGUUAGAGGAGAUUGGCCAGGAGCAAAAAGUUGCUACGCCGCUGUUUUGUGAUAGCAAGGGGGCUCUUGGGAUGGCCAGAAACGCUGUGCUUCAUGGCCUGAACAAGCACAUGCGUAUCAAGUGGCACUGGCUGCGUAAGGAGGUGAAGAGGGGGACGGUGCAUCCGAUCUACAUCAAGACUCACCAGCAGCCAGCAGACUUUCUCACCAAGAGGCUUGCGGAUGAGCCUCAUUGGCGUUGUGUGCGCAUGAGUGGAAUGAGCAUGAACUAG